CAUCUCACUGAGCUCCGACCACAGAUUACUGGACAUUUUCACCAGGAUUUUAAUCUGAGCGGGUAAAGGACUUGUGAUGAGUGAUUAAUCUAUCAAGACAAACUGGUUCUUAUCUAAUCUGAAGCAUCACUGCUUAGCAAAUAUGAAAGAAAGCUUUAGUGGCUACGAGAAUCAACUCUUCAAAGAGGAGGAUCCAAAUGGAGAGGAGGAGGAAAUGCCUCCCUUUGGAAGACGAACUCGUGCAGGUUGUGUAAAGUGCCAGCAUGCUCACUCUCUCCAGCUGGCCGUCCGACUCCUCUACGGUUUCUUUGCUUUCAUAGUAAUCGCUCUGGCAGUCCUGGCGACUCUGGUUUAUAGGAAAGUGGACAACUUAUCUGAACAGAAACUGUCUUACGAUGGAAAGAUUGCCAAAGUCCAGGAAAGUAUAGAAGAUCUCAGCGCUGUGAACAACUGUACCGAGUGCUACAACUUCCACGAAGAGGUCGCCAAGCUCAAGAAGGACUUUGAAGACAUUCAGAAGUUGGUUCUGGGUCAAAAGCAGCUACUGGACCAGACCUCAACAUCUCAGGGCACUUUAACUCAAUCCAGCAACAGGAUGAUGAGAGACGUCCAGGCUUACGGGAUGACCAUGCAAUUCAUAAACCAGUCACUUACACAUUUCCUAAAUCAGGUAAACGGUUGGCAGGCUGUGGUGACUGAAACUGAUCAGGGUAUGAAGACCAUGGUCGAAGAUCACUAUGAUUUGAAGGCUACAGUACAGCAAGUCAACACAACUGUAGCGCUCAGUGCCUUGUGGAUUGAUGCUCUGCAGAAAAAGGCUGAAGAAGAUGCGCUGGUGUUGCAGAAAAUGACAACCGACUGGCAGAAUUACAGCAGGACGCUAAACUCGCUCAAGUCCAACUCCAGUGCCACUGUCCAAACCAUGAGGAGCAUCCAAAGUGGCAUCUCCGCCACAAAUCAACGGAUCAGCCAGAGCUCAGAUAUGGCACAAGAACUCACCUUACAAGUCACAAACCUUCAGAUGCAGCUUGACAAUGUUUCGUCAUCCAUAGACGAGCACGAGGAGAACAUGCACGACCACCAGUACCAUGCCAAGUACUACGAAAACAGGACUAGCGAACGGUUCGUGACGCUGGACACCAGAGUGAAUUCCAUGGAGCUGGAGAUGGAAAAUAUCGCUUCCAGCAUUAAUGCGACGGUCAACCAUGUGGAGAGCAUGCACAAGUACAUCAAUAUGGAGUCCACGUCCUGCCGUACGAAGCUGAGCAGUCACAGUCGAGACCUGCUUAACCUUAACAGCUCUGCUUUGCUUCUGCUGAACCUCGCCGAUUCCUUGAGGGCGCAGUACAUGCUUCUCAACGUACGUCUGGAGAUGGACGUGAGGAACCUGUCUAUGCUGAUGGAGGAAAUGAAGCUCGUGGAUACCAAGCACUCACAGCUGAUCCAGAACUUCACCAUUUUGAAAGGUGCUCCUGGUCCACCAGGUCCAAGGGGAAACAGAGGCGAACCUGGAUUUACAGGACCUAAAGGGCCUAUGGGAUUCAAGGGAGAUAGAGGACUUACUGGUGUUCCUGGGCCUAUGGGGCCGAAGGGUUUUAUGGGACCUAAAGGAGUUCAAGGGUUACCUGGCUUCCCUGGUAUGAAGGGAAACCUGGGACCUAAAGGAGAUAAAGGAUCCUUGGGAACAACAGGACCUCGAGGUGAGAAAGGACAGAAGGGUGACAUGGGAGUUGCCGGCAAGGAUGGGAUACAAGGUCCGAGAGGACAAACAGGAAUCAAGGGUCAGGUAGGACUUCCUGGUCCACAUGGAAUCCCUGGACCUAAAGGAGAUCCUGGUCCUAUCGGGCCACGUGGACCUCCGGGACCUCCGAGUCCGCCCGGAACUACAGGGGACCUCACUUUUGAUUAAGAGGAAGUUUGCAUUUUUGAUUGUGGACUUUAAAUCCUGCAGUCUUGCUGCAGUAUGUGAAGUUUCAGCCCACUCAGACUGUAACACAUGCUGGAAAAAUGGAACAAUGGCUGAUACUUUACCAAACAAAGACCUUUGACUUAUUCAUGUACCUUGAAUUUUAAACUCCACCAUCUUUUAUACUGUAUACUCCUACGUUAGUCCACCCGCUAGUGCUCUCCAUUCCAUUACAGUUACCAGUUUAGGAUAAUAAGCGUUAAUUAUGUUCCUUCUCUCAGAUACAUAAACAAAUCCACAGAUUUUUUUAUUUGCUGUUACAUCAUACAACAGCUGAACAAGCCCUGAGGAGAGCGCUUGAGGGGAAAGUGUUGGCUAAUGAGCUGUUUUUG